CUCAUUUAUCCGACACAUUAAGAUUUCAGUACGGUUUGUCCGGAUUAAGAUCGUUGUUGUUCGCUGCAAGAUAAAUUCUUGACUUUCUUAUUUAUUUAUUAGUUAAUAAUUUAACUAAUAUACUUCACAAAAUACUCUAGUCGUUAUUUACAAUAGCGUUGAUAAUUAAUAAUAUGGAUUAAGAAAUUAGUAUUUCAAAUGAUGUAUAAAAGUCAGUCAGUCUAGAUGAAAAUUAUUUAGUAGUGAAGUGUUGUUAUUAAAAACACAGUUAAUAAGUUCUACUACUAAUAUAUAUAUUUUUUUUUUACUCAGGACAACUAUAAAUUAAGUCGAAUUCUCCAUGGUACAAGUGUUAUAAAAGUAAGAAUGUCGACUACAAACUUAAUGCAGGGCAAACUGUCUACGAGGGCAAAGGGACAAUUGUCCCCACUGUUAAUAGAGCAAUUAGUAUUGCUAUGGUUAGAGUAAUUCGUUCUUUGUGUUCCAAAAAAAUGGAAAAUUGGAAAAAAAUUUCUUUGUUUGUUGGUGUGUUCGCAUUUGCCAGAGAGUUCAGACCUAUUGAACCUUUUUAUGCGGCUUAUAUGACUAGUCCAUAUGUAAAUUGUACAGUUGAACAGAUUCCUAAGGAACUUUAUGCUGUGGGAUCAUAUUCUAUGUUUGUUUUAAUAAUCAUUAUAUUUUUGGUAACUGAUUAUGUUAAAUAUAAGCCAGUAUUGAUAGUGGAUGGACUUGGUGGAAUAAUUCACUAUAUAGCCAUAGCUAAUCGCCCUUCAAAACUUAGAAUACAGUUUGGACAAGCGUUUUAUGGUUUCUUCUUUUCUGCUGAAGUUGCACUAUUUGGGUAUUUAUAUGCUAUGAUUGAAGAGAAACAACAUUAUCAAAAAAUAACAGGUCAUGCAAGGGCGGCAACAUUAUCUGGAAAAUUCUUUUCUUCUUGUGUAUCUCAAAUUUUAGCUAUAAUUUUUGGAAAACCGCCAUUCAAUUUAAUAGUAUAUUUGUCUAUAUUUGGAAUGAGUUUUACAGCUUUAUGGGCAACUAUACUACCUCCAGUUAAGCAAAGUCUUUAUUUCCACAAAAGGAAAAAAAAUAGUAACAACACAAUAUCUCAAUCAACAGCGACCAUAUAUAACCCAUCAAUGUUCACAAAUUCUAAAUUAAGCGUAUCAGUUGAAUCGAAUUCUAACGUUGAUAAAGACAAUUCUAAAGUGGAAGAAAAAAAUGAAUAUAAUAGUGUGGUACAAACAUUAUAUAAUGAUUUCAAACAAUCAUAUUCCGAUCCGUAUGUUAUAAAGUUAUGUUUUUGGUGGGCUAUAGCUAUGGGAGGUUAUUUACAGGUUUAUGCAUACAUAAACGUCCUAUAUACAUACAUAUUAGAAGAAAAUAAUGAUGACGAAUUCACACUAUACAAUGGAUUUGCGGAAUCCCUUAAUACCUUGUUAGGUGCUAUUUCAGCUUAUAUGAUAAGUAGAGUAAACUGGAAUUGGUAUUUAGUAGGAGAUGCUUUUUUUGCUAUUGGAUCAUUCAUUGCCUGUAUUGUGCUGUUUUGUUGUACAUAUAACAGAAAUUUAUACUUAAUAUACGCUUUUUAUAUCAUUUAUGGCAUGAUGUAUCAAACAAUGUUAACGAUUGCCGAGUCAGAAGUUGCAAAACGAUUAAGUGAGAAAUGCUAUGGUUUAAUUUUUGGAUUCAAUACAUUUUUGGCAGUGUGUAUCAACACUAUAUUAAUUUACGGAGUAAUUCAAGGUCAUUUCAUCAAGAUAACGGUUGCGCAACAGUUCUUGAUCUAUGGUAUUUUAUAUGCAUUUUUGGCAGUUGUAUUUUUCGGUUCUGGAAUUUCGAGAAUAUUUAAAGACGAAGGAAUUGUUGAAUAUAAAUAAUUAAAUAGGAAAAUAAAAUAUGCUAAUUUUACUUAAUAUAACUUAUUUAAUGAAAUUAAAUAUUAACGAUUUUGUAAAUUGUUACAACUAUAUUAUAUUAAUAUAGUUGAAUAUUUAUACAGUAUAUUUAAAUACAUUUAUUAAGUGUACAGUGUACAUAUAAACCUAUUUUAAAGGUUUUAUAAAAACUACCAAUGUCCUAUUACAUAUUAAAUUAUUAUUGUAUUGUUACUAAAAGUCCUAUAUA